UUCAGAUAGUGUAUGUGACACCUGUUUUGCUUCCGGUAGAAGCUACGGCAGACCCACUUGAUAAACUUGAGAGGAAAAGGGUCAUAGUUUAUUCAACAAAGUUACCUGGUCCGAUUUCUCUAUUCCAUAGAUGCAGAAUGAUGGGUGCAUACGAGACUGAUGAUCCUAAAAAAGGGGACAGCCUGUGUAUGUAUUCUGAAGGCAGGGACGAACCACAUGGUGAGGAGAUGUUAGAGCAGAUCACUGAUAGUAGCCUUUACCAACACAUGGGAUCCACAUGUCAGAAUGGAGGAUGUGUGAGAGAGAAAAAAGAUGACAGUUGCUGUGGUCCCCUUUAUUUGAGGGGAGAUGGGAGGUUUUUUGGUGACAAAAAAGAAAAAAAGAGCAAUCUGGGAACUGCUGGAGCGUCUCCACCAAUAUAUAACAGUUUUAUGAGCAUGAAGGAUGAUAUUGCCGAGGUAUGCAUUGAUCGUAUCUGUUAUGGUGUCUGUUAGGUG